UUUUUGGGAAUUUCUUCGGGUUUUUUUUUUCUGAAAACAAGUGACUUUUUAUUGUUUUAUGCAGCACCCCCAGCCUUCACAUCGUAAAAAGUCCCAUAGUUAAAAAGGCCAAUCCACCACAAUACCAACAAAAAGAGGCGAAAAAAAACACCCCAAACAUGUCCCAGAAGAAAUUGCACAUGACGAACAGCCUUAGUAGCUUGGAGAAGCUGUCCGACAUAACGAAAGACUUGCGGAACAUAAACAUAAAAUUAUUGCUCUCCACUGCUCGCAAACUCUUCAUGAAGGCGGAGCAGUAUCGACUGGAAGGCGACGAGGAGAUGGCCUACAUCAACUACAUGAAGUACUUCAAUAUAAUAAAGGCCAUUCGCAGCAAGCCUGACUAUACGACGCAUAAAGUGCAGGUGCGUGAGUCGCUGGGCGACGCCGAAGCGAACCGUCGUAUUAUGGACUCUCUCGAGAUGAUAGCGGACUCGCUCUGCGAACGCUACAGCCAGCUACAUAAGCCGCCAAGCCCUGCAGCCCAGCUUAACCAGACAGAGACAAUCAGCCACAGCAAGCCGCAGGGCGCCGCGUCCCCACAUGCCACAGAGUAUGCUCGAUUGGGCGUGGUCUCGUGCGAGGAGCUGUACCAGCGUAUUUCUGAGAAAUCCGUGCUGGUAAUGGACUGUCGACCCAGUGCCGACUACGAGAGGUCGCACCUCACCUACUUCUGUGCAUUCAAUGUGCCUGAAGAGCUCAUAACGCCAGGAAUGUCAGCUGGCAAACUGCAGGCUCGUCUCAGCAGCACCGCCAAGGCCUCGUGGGCGUCGCGCUCUGUCAAGGAAUCGGUGGUCCUGAUGGACUGGAACAGCAAGGAUGCCCAGCCGGCGGCAAAUACUCCGAUAGCCACGCUCCUGGACAUCCUGAAAAAUUGGGAUCCCGAUGUCACUUACCGCGCGCCCAUACAGAUCGUGGAUGGGGGCUAUGAGUACUUCAUCAUGAUGUACCCGACGCACUGCACCAAUCCCAGUGUGCAGGCACCGAAGCAGAACAACAACGACAUGGAAACCAUUGACGACAUCGAGUAUCCGUCGAUCAAUGACAUUUCAAUGAAGGAAGACAUCAGCCCGCGGGAUUUUAGCCCUCGUCCGGACAUCAAUCGGGCCAGCAAGCAGGCCGCAUUGCGCACCUACCAGCAGGCCAAGCCCAUAGCCGAGAUCAUGCGCGAACAGGCCGAGUUCCUGCAGCGGGCGCAGCAAAACGACGAGCAGCUGAAUAGUGCCGCCAAGAUGUGGAAGCUACUCAUCCAGCGGAAGGGUCCCUCGAGCAACUUUAGCGAAUCGGAUAAUCAGCUGCUAUACAAAAUCCUUCAGCUGGAAAGCAAAGCAGAGGAUUAUAAAAUAGAGAACAAUCGCCUGCGAAACGAUGUCGAGCGCUUGAAGACGUUCCAGACGGUGGCACCGCAGCAGGUGACUCCUAAGGAUGCGGAGGCAACCAGGCGCAUCGAAUUGGGGAUUUUGGAGCGACAACGGCUGGACGAACAGAACAUGCGCGAGCGCCAGGAGCGGGAGCAUCAGCUGGCCAUUGCACGCGAGGCCAAGAAGCAUUACAGGUCACCGUCGCCACCGCCUUCACCGCCAGAAGAAUCCUCACCCCAGGACGAGGUGUCUCUUUCUCUCCACAAGCCGGCUACCAAUGGAGUUCAUGAUUUGGAUCUGUCCAUGAAAGAGAUUCUGGACGAGAAGCCCAUGUUCGAUCGGGCUACGAAGCCGACGGCAAGUCCAAGGAAUGUGGAAAGGAUAGUGUCACGGGCUCGUGAUUUCUCCCCUGUUAUAGGUCACAAUGUGGGAAGGGGUCUCACGGGAUUGAAGAAUCUGGGGAACACCUGCUACAUGAACAGUAUACUGCAGUGCCUGAGCAACACGCCCCAGCUGACGGAGUACUGCCUAUCAGACAAAUACAAGAACUACAUCAGCCGCAGCAACAAGACAAAUGGCCAGGUCAUCGAGGAGGUGGCGGCCCUCAUCAAGGAGCUCUGGAAUGGCCAAUACAAGUGUGUGGCCAGUCGGGAUCUGAGGUCUGUGGUGGGGCAGUACCAAAAUAUCUUUCGCGGCGUUGAUCAGCAAGACUCGCAUGAGUUCCUCACUAUUCUGAUGGACUGGCUGCAUUCUGAUCUGCAGACGCUGGACGUGUCGCGGAUGCGGGAGACCAUCGGGGCUGCGGAGCAGGCCUGGUUGGAUUUUACCAAGGCCAAAGAGAGCAUAAUUUUGCAUUUAUUUUAUGGCCAGAUGAAAAGCACCGUCAAGUGUGUGACCUGCAACAAGGAGUCGGCCACCUACGAGUGCUUCUCGAAUCUCAGUCUCGAGCUGCCGCCCAACGCGAACGAGUGCCAACUGAACCAGUGCAUGGACAUGUACUUCAGUGGGGAGCGCAUCCAAGGCUGGAAUUGUCCGAGCUGCAAAACGAAGCGGGCUGCCAUCAAGAAGCUGGACAUAUCAAAACUGCCGCCAGUGCUGGUGGUCCAUUUAAAGCGCUUCUAUGCGGAUACGAGCAACACUGGAGCCUAUGCCAAAAAGCAAAACUUUCUGAGCUUUCCCCUUCAAAACCUGGAGAUGAGUCCGUAUAUAGCACGUGCCGAGUCGCGUGCUGCAAAGCCCAAGACGUACCAGCUGUAUGCUGUCUCAAAUCACUACGGUACCAUGGAGGGCGGCCACUACACGGCGUUCUGUAAGAGCCCCAAUUAUGGGCGCUGGUAUAAGUUUGACGAUCAAGUGGUUUCGACGCUGGACACGUCAAAUGUCAUCUCGAGUGCCGCGUACAUUCUCUUCUACACCUGGCUGCCCCCCGAUACGCAGGCCCGAUGUUUUGAUGACGUAUAAGUUCUAGUCGCUUCACCCCAAUUACCGCCUAAUUGUUGCUAUCUGUUGUUGUCUAGAAUAGGAAUAGGAAUAUAUAUAUGCGGGCUGAUGGAUGCGAUGCGGGUUGGAGUCACACAUUCACCGAAACUAAGAUAAUUUCAAGUGCAUUAUAAGUGUAUAACAAAUAGCAGAGUACACACAACGUGUAUUUUUAUAGGCAUAUUUUUAAACCAAAUAAACGAAAUGAAAUUUCCAAACAUUAA